AUGGCCACCUCUCCUCCCCCCACCGCCACCGGCUCCAGCAAGGUCGAUGCCGCAAAGGCUAAGCUUGCGGCCGCCGACCCUACCGCGCCCACUGGCCUGGCCCUGUACUCGCGAUUCGCUUUCGCCGGUGCCGUCUGCUGCUCCGUCACCCACGGAGCCCUCACACCCGUCGAUGUCGUCAAGACCAGGAUACAACUUGACCCCGCCACCUACAACACCGGUCUGAUCGGUGGCUUCCGCAAGACCAUCGCCAAUGAGGGUAUGGGCGCUGUCUGGACCGGUUUCGGUCCUACCGCUGCCGGUUACUUCCUCCAGGGUGCCUUCAAGUUCGGAGGUUACGAGUUCUUCAAGCAGCAGUCCAUCAACCUUGUCGGUUACGAGACUGCCGCCAACAACCGCACUGCCGUCUACCUCGCCUCUGCCGCUGUCGCUGAGUUCUUCGCCGAUGUCGCCCUCUGCCCUCUCGAGGCUACCCGUAUCCGUCUCGUCGGUGACCCAACCUUCGCCAACGGUCUCGUUGGUGGAUUCUCCAAGAUCCUGAAGACCGAGGGUGUCGGUGCCUUCUACUCUGGUUUCGGACCCAUCCUGUUCAAGCAGGUCCCCUACACCAUGGCCAAGUUCGCCGUCUUCGAGAAGGUCAACGAGGCCGUCUACUCUGUCGUCGACAAGAGCCAAACCUCCAACGGCAUGCAGACCGUCUACAACUUGGGCUCUGGUAUCAUUGCCGGUUUCGCCGCCGCCAUCAUCUCCCAGCCCGCCGACACCAUGCUCUCCAGGAUUAACAAGACCAAGGGUCUUCCCGGAGAGGGAACCACCUCCCGUUUGAUUAAGAUCGCCAAGGAGCUCGGUCUCCGCGGAUCUUUCGGUGGUAUCGGUGCCCGUCUUUUCAUGGUCGGUACCCUGACCGCUGGUCAGUUCGCCAUCUACGGUGAUAUCAAGAAGGCACUAGGUGCUACAGGCGGAGUAGAAAUCGCUAAGACUAACUAA